CAGGCCCAGCUUUGGAGAACUCCUGGCUCACGGGAGUCAGGGGUGAGGCUGAGGGAACAGACAAGCUCAUCACAGACCAGAGGCGGCUGCUCUGGGAAGGAGGCUGGAGUUGGUCAGUACUGAUUUCCUGGAGACGUCGAGAAUGAGGGACGAGCUUGGGCUUGGGACAAAGAAGAAGCAUUGUAUGGGCUGUUUGAAGGUUUGUGGGGGGCACCCCAGGGGGAAGGUGUGGAAGAAAGGGGAGCUGGACUGGAGCUGGGAGACUCUAGAUGGGGAAACGGCCGGAUGGAGUUAAACUAGAGAGAGGGCAGACAGGAACAGGAGAGCCCGCCCCGCUCAUUCUGGCUCUAAGAGCGUAGAAGAAACCAAUCCAGCAGCCCGUGGAAGGACCUGGCAUUCCUGGUCCGGGUGAAUCCAGCAGUAACUUUGUACCAGGUUCCAGGGCAGCCCCUGUGUGGGGUGAAGCUCCCUGUCUCUACUCCUGUCCCCGCCCUGUGGUGGGCCACUGGCCGCAGGAUGAACUGCCGCUCGGAGGUGCUGGAGGUGUCGGUGGAGGGGCGGCAGGUGGAGGAGGCCAUGCUGGCCGUGCUGCACACGGUGCUCCUGCAUCGCAGCACAGGCAAGUUCCACUACAAGAAGGAGGGCACCUACUCCAUCGGCACCGUGGGCACCCAGGAUGUCGACUGCGACUUCAUCGACUUCACCUACGUGCGGGUCUCCUCUGACGAGCUGGACCGGGCCCUGCGCAAGGUGGUUGGGGAAUUCAAGGAUGCACUGCGCAACUCAGGUGGCGACGGGCUAGGGCAGAUGUCCUUGGAGUUCUACCAGAAGAAGAAGUCUCGCUGGCCUUUCUCAGACGAGUGCAUCCCCUGGGAAGUGUGGACGGUCAAGGUGCACGUGGUGGCCCUGGCCACGGAGCAGGAGCGGCAGAUCUGCCGGGAGAAGGUGGGCGAGAAGCUCUGUGAGAAGGUCAUCAACAUCGUGGAGGUGAUGAACCGGCACGAGUACCUGCCCAAGAUGCCCAUGCAGUCGGAGGUGGACAACGUGUUCGACACGGGCUUGCGGGACGUGCAGCCCUACCUCUACAAGAUCUCCUUCCAGAUCACCGAUGCCCUGGGCACCUCGGUCACCACCACCAUGCGCAGGCUCAUCAAGGACACCCUUGCUCUCUAGGCCACGCUGGUGCCUUGGGUGCUCCUUGCUGGCUUCUGGGGAUUGUACUGUUAGCCCCUGGCGCUCUGGAACCUGCUCCGGGUCCUGAUCAGACUUGGGAGGGCCGUCCCCUGGCUCCCUUGAUUUGUGGCUGCCAGUCUCUGGUCAGCCUCGUAACCUUCACUGACGGUCAAUCAGGCCAAUACUGUCCCACCUCCGGUGGGUCCCCUUCUCUACUGUAUAGAAGGGCCAUCGCUGUGAUGCUGAAUAAAGUUGAGAAUGUGAGUUUGGAUU